ACUAAUUGCAUUUGCUAACUCAGCAAAAUAGUUCAUACAUACAUUACGGGUAGUAUUACGUUAAACAUACAGACAAGUGUACAAUUUGAGUGCAGUAAUGGAAAAAGUAACAUUUGUCUUAAUUUAGGCUAGUUUAACCGGCAACCUGCGCCGCAAUUGAACAACAAAAGCAUAUCAGAAAGCCGCUGUUCUUUGCUCCACUCGACGCCCGCCGCUCUGAGCUACUUGCUCCCUGUGAUCGCGGUGAACUUGGCGUGAUAAGAGGGACUGGGGCUCUCCUCCUGUAAUCGAAAGCCUGCUGUUUGUUCCACCCGGCAAACACCAAAUCAGUCGAUGGGUGUGCUCCACUGCAAUAGCAAUUAGCCACUAACCUUCUGCCGGGUCUACAGCUCCUCCCACUCUUGGCGUUCUUCAGGUUCCACCUCCUCGUGGCAAACAAACUUAUCUGGAGUGCCGCUUCAAGAGCAUAUAAAUUCCCUGGCUUCUCACAGGCCAGGAUUCAGUCUGUGCUUGUGGCUCGCGAUGUACGGAACGAGGAGAAUCUUUCUGGGCGGCCUUUGCCUCCUCCUGCUGCUGCAGGUGGCCGUGGGCCUCGACAAUGGUCUGGCGCUGAAACCACCUAUGGGCUGGAUGUCUUGGGAGCGCUUCCGCUGCAUAACAGACUGCAAAUUAUAUCCCGACGAAUGCAUCAGUGAAAACCUCUUCCGCCGGCAUGCUGAUCUUUUAGUAUCCGAGGGCUAUGCUGAUGUUGGCUACGAAUACGUCAUCAUCGAUGACUGUUGGCUAGAGAAGGAUCGAGAUAACAGGACCCAGAAACUAGUGCCAGACAGGAAACGCUUUCCCAAUGGCCUAAAUACCCUAGCUGAUCAUAUCCAUGACAAAGGGCUCAAGUUUGGUUUGUACCAGGAUUUCGGCACCAAUACCUGCGCCGGCUAUCCUGGCGUCAUUAAACACAUGCAGCUGGAUGCUCAGACCUUUGCCGACUGGGAUGUGGACUAUGUAAAGCUAGAUGGGUGCUAUGCCAAUCUAACCGACAUGGUGGAAGGUUAUCCCGAGUUUGGACGCCUCCUAAAUGAAACUGGUCGUCCCAUGGUCUAUUCCUGCAGCUGGCCUGCCUACCAAGAGGAUGCGGGCGAAAUACCCGACUAUGAGUCUCUUAAGAAACACUGCAAUCUGUGGCGCAACUGGGACGAUAUCGAAGACUCCCUGGAGUCUCUGAUGCAGAUCAUAGAUUAUUUUGGAAAGAAUCAGGACAGAAUUCAGCCGCAUGGCGGACCAGGACACUGGAAUGAUCCGGAUAUGCUGCUGCUGGGCAACUACGGUCUCAGCUACGAUCAAAGCAAGUUGCAGAUGGCGAUUUGGGCCAUUAUGGCCGCACCUCUUAUUAUGUCCAAUGACUUGGCUGCAGUGCGUCCAGAGAUCAAGGCUAUUUUGCAGAAUCGAGCUGUAAUUGCUGUGGAUCAGGAUGAACUGGGCAUCCAGGGACGUCGAAUUUUGACCCGCAACUUAAUAGAGGUCUGGCAGCGUCCUAUUACCCCAGUCACCAAGAGUGGCCAACACUCGUAUGCCGUGGCCUUUGUGAGUCGUCGGGACGAUGGUGCUCCCUACAGGAUCCCAUUCACCGUCAAGGAUCUGGGCCUGAACAAUCCCAAUGGCUAUCAGGUGCAGGAUCUGUACGCCAACCGCAAGCUGGGUGUCUACCAAACGGACGCCCAAUUCUUCACACGCGUCAAUCCAAAUGGCGUAACUUUCUACAAGUUUACAGCGCUCUGAUCUGUGAAAAUGCAAAUCAGUCUUUGCCAUCAAAUCGAAUAAGCCUCUUUUAUACGUCAUUCCACCAUGGAUUAUCUCCUCCCCCCUCUUUGGGAUGAGCUAAGUAACUACUGAUAAAGACAGGUAAAUAAAUGACUGAAGAGCUCGGUCUUACUUUGA